GUUUCUCCUCUUAUAGCGAAAACAACCCAUUAACAUAACGUUUGUGUUUCACUCCCAUGUAAGUUUUAACCCCAGCACGUACUAAUUGUGCGAACUUUUUGAAGGGCUAGCUUGACAGUGAUGUAAUUAGAGGUCAGAUAAAUAAUAGAUAAAUGUUAAAGAUAAUAAAGGGAGAGAAUAAUUCAUUGUUUCUUAAAUUUGUUUGUUGUUCUUAUGUUUUCUUCCACAAGAGGGCCAAAGAAUGGGGAGAGGAAAGGUGGUUUUGGAGAGGAUAGAGAACAAGAUCAGUCGUCAGGUAACUUUCUCCAAGAGAAGAAAUGGUUUGCUCAAAAAAGCUUAUGAACUCUCGCUUCUUUGCGAUGCUGAGGUUGCUCUUAUCAUCUUUUCUAGCCAUGGCAAGCUUUUUGAGUUUAGUAGCAUUGAUAUGAGUAAUAUCCUUCAGCGAUAUCGACAAUGUUGCUACAACACACAAGAGACCAACAUUCCUGAGGAAGGGUCACAUAACUUAUACCAAGAGAUCUCCAGGUUAAGAGCAAAAUGUGAGACUCUUCAACGCUCCCAAAGGAAUUUUCUUGGAGAAGAUCUUGAACCACUAGCAUUUAAAGAGUUGGAGAAGAUUGAGAAACAGCUAGACAAAACUCUUUCACAAGCUAGGCAAAGGAAGACACAACUGAUGUUUGAUAGAAUGGAAGAGUUACGCCAAAAGGAACAAGAGCUUGAAGAGGAAAACAAACAGCUCAAGACUAAGCUAGAGGAAGUUGUUCCGCGUCUCCCAGCUAUUCAAGGUGUAGGAGACCCUAGCAAGGCAGAUGGAUAUAAGCAUUCUGAACCUCUACCCACUUUACAGAUAUUGGGGCACCAUCAAUUUGUUUACCAAGAACAAGCCUUUGAUGCCAGGACUAACAUUCCAGGAAAGAGCAACCCUACUCCAGGAUGGCUCUCGUGAAGUAUUUUAAGUCCUUCAACAUGCAUUUACAAGUGUGUGUAUGAUGAGAUAUUAAUGGGUUCCAAGAUGUGUUCCAAAAUUGUUGAUGUUAAUUUGAUGAACAUGAACGUUUUUAAUUAGCUCAAGUAAUUAAUGACAUUGCAGUAUUUAUUCUAAUUAAAGCAUGAUUUGGAACUGUUUGAGAUU